AUGCUACCAUCAUCACCAUUUGCAAUUAUUUUAAGUAUAAUAGGAAAUAUAGUAUCAACAGGUACAGCAUUUUCGCCAAUAAAAAAUUUUUUAGAAAUUGACAAAAAUCGAGAUGUUGGAAAUAAUAAUAUUUAUCCAAUUAUAGCAUUAUGUGGUAAUUCAUUAUGUUGGGUAGUAUAUGGUGCAGUUAGUAAGCAAAUGUCAAUUUUACCUGUGAAUGUAAUUGGGUUAUUUAUAACAAGUUAUUUUAUAUUUAUUUUUAUAUCAGCAACUAGUGAUUUAAAUAAACGUCGUUUCCUAUCAGCAAUCUAUUAUGGUUAUUUAGGAGGUUUAACAAUUUAUCAUUUAUUAAUAGUUUUAUAUGUAGAAUCAAUUGAUACCCAAGAUUCAAUUUUUGGUAUCACUUCAAAUGUUGCUGUUUUAAUAUUUUAUGGUUCACCAGUUUUAUCAUUAUAUGGUGUAAUUAAAUCUAGGGAUAGAAGUUCAAUAAAUUUACCAUUGGCAUUAGUUAGUUGUUUUGCAGGAUUAACAUGGACAUUAUAUGGUAUUGUAAUUAAUAAUAAAUUUAUAUUUGUACCAAAUGCAGCUGGUGCAUUAUUAUCAGCAAUAUCACUGGUAGUUUACUUUUUAGUUGGUUAUUUAAAUACUUUAAAUUAUAGAAUGAAAUCAGAACAAACUGAUGGUACUUCACAAGAUGUAGCAUUAAUAAUAAAUCAAGAAGAACAACCUGAUAUUAUUUUAAGAAAAGAUGAAGAAUAUGAAGAAGAAAUAAAAAUAUAA